AUGAAGGAAGAAAGAGAAAUACCAUCAGAAGACCAAGCUGAUUCCGAAGAGGAAGUUUACUCAGAUGUUGCUGAAAAGAAGAACCAUGGUAUUGAUGAUCUCGAAACGAGCAAAAAAGAAAGUUCCUCAGAAGAAGACACUGAUGGCGAUGACGAAGAUACAAAAAGACCUAAGAAAUAG